GUUUGUUUGGCUUCUUUAUGUUUUUUAUUUUUCUAGGUAUUUUCAUACUACUUAAAAUAGUAUCAGUGUUAUGCAAGGGUGUACUGUUUGACAUUGCUCCCUGCUUUCAUUAGUUGGACGUACACAUUGCUACUUGGAAUCCUUUUAUUUGAUCCUCUGUAUGGAGCAGUGAGGACUCGGGGUACAUUGGUCCGUGAUCAGGGGGUUUCACCCCAGAUCCUCUCCAUCCUUCACUCCUGCUUUAGUUCUGAGCUCUUAUCUCUCUUAUCUGACCCGUUCCUCUCUGCUGCCCUCGAGCGUCAAAGUGCUUAUUCCACUUUGAAGGGCCAUCCCUGUUUUAUGUGACGGGGUGUGUGUAUUAGCUGCUCAGACGUCUUAGCGUGGGGGGGUUGAGUACACAUCCUGCCCUGAGCCUCCCACCACCCUGACUGACAUUUGUCCACACUUGUCUAGAAGUGACAGCUCCGGAGGGAGAAGGAGUGGUCUGGCAACUGGACGGGUUGAGGGUUCAAAACUCUGCUCCUCCAGGCUAAGGUGGGAUGUGAGCAGAACGAUUUAACUUGUUAAUGAGGGUUAACAUUAAGAGUUCUUUGAGCCGCCAUGGUGGAAGCACAGUCAGCCGGAACCUUCCAUUCACGUUCCUGUCUUGUUCCAGGCUGCUUCCAGGUGGGGGACAGAUGGACCAUCACCUUUGACAUGUCCUCGGUCACCGCCGGUGACCCGGUGCAGUCGGCGGAGCUCCGUGUCCGGCUGCCAGCGUUCUCGGCCUCGCCCCGCGUCACCGUGGACGUCUAUCACUCCCCCAGGCAGAGCUGCUCCGCGGGCCCCCUCUCCAGACCUUGUCCCCGGGGGGAGGGGCUCCACCUGGGCAGCUUCGUCGCCUCUCCCAACAGCACACUGCAUUCCUCCUGGAGGGUGUUCGACGUGACCUCCCUGCUGACGCUCUGGCUUCGUCAGGGCGACCGGCCCGCAGGGGCCUCAGCCGGGGUCCUGCCCCCCGGGGCUGAGGACGGGAGUGGGGCCCAGGAGGAGGAGGCAGAAGCCAGCGGAACACGAGGAGGGAGACGUGGGCAGAAGCGUCACCCGGCCGCGGGCCGCGUCAUGAUGGUCGUCUACUCCACCCACCAGCCGCCCCCCGAGGGCAGCGGCGUCCGCAGCCUAAUCCGGGCCGUGGACCGCUCCAAGUACGUGGGCGCGGCCCGGGGGCAGGCCCGGCGCCACAAGAGGAACCGCAUGGACCGGAUCCGCCUGGCGGACCACGAGGCGGCAGCGACAGCGGCCCCCCAAGAGGCCGGCGGGGGGGCGCUGUGCCGAAGGGUGGACAUGAUGGUGGACUUCGAGCAGAUCGGCUGGGACGAGUGGAUCGUUCACCCCAAGCGCUACAACGCCUACCGCUGUGAGGGGUUGUGCCCCACUCCCCUGGACGAAUCCCUGCAGCCCACCAACCACGCCUACAUGCAGAGUCUCCUGCGGCUCCACCAGCCUGAGCGCGUGUCCUGCCCGUCCUGCGUGGCCACGCGCCUCGCCCCGCUCUCCAUGCUGUACUACGAGGACGACGACGUGGUUCUUCGGCACCACGAGGACAUGAUGGUGGAGGAGUGUGGCUGUCACUGAGACCCCCAACGCCACGAGGACAUGAUGGUGGAGGAGUGUGGCUGUCACUGAGACCCCCAACGCCACGAGGACAUGAUGGUGGAGGGGUGCGGCUGUCACUGAGACCUCAAGAGAUCCUCAGGGGCGGAUGAGCAGCAGAUUAAACUCAUGUAAUGCAACGACCAUGAUCAUCUUUGUAAAUAAAAAGGAUAUAUAUAAAUAUAUAAAUAUAAAACUGGGUGCUAUAUCAUACUGUUUCAGUUUUCUCUGUCAUUUUUUGUAAUAUUUAUAAUAUGUGUGAAUGUAUAUUUUUGUACAAACAAUUGGAUAAAAAAUGAAUAAAUGAA